GAGUCGCCGCGGCUGCUGCCUUUCUCUGCUGCGCCUCUGCUGCGAAGAGCCAGAAGCCUCGCUGCCGGAGCUGAGCGAUGGAGCGUCGUCUCAGCGCUGCCCGCGCCGCCUGGUUCUGAGCUCCAGGCCCUGCCCAGACCCUCGCCCGCCCCAGCCCGUUUCCCUGGUGUAAAUCCCCAUCAAUGAGGUUCUUCCGUCUCACCUUCAAGUGCUUUGUGGAUUGCUUCUGAGACCGCGCCGAGAUCCCCUCCCAAGACCCGGAGCCAGCUUUCCCGACACCCGACACCCGUCUCAGCCUCCUGCCCGCUAGCCCAGUGUGCCAAUGGCUCCAGUGCCCACCGAGACCUGCUCAGAGGGCAGUGGGUGCUCAGAGCUGGCUGAGGCAGAGGGUGCCGAGCCGACUGGUGGCACAGCAGAGUCCAGCCAUGAAGGGAGAGCCAUCACUGCCCCUCUGGUGGUACCCAUGGGCCCCGGGAAGCUGCCCGUUCCUGAGCGGGAGACCUGGACCCGGCAGAUGGAUUUCAUCAUGUCCUGUGUUGGCUUUGCUGUGGGGCUGGGCAACGUCUGGCGCUUCCCAUACCUCUGUUACAAGAAUGGAGGAGGUGUGUUCCUGAUUCCGUAUCUACUAAUCGUCUUUGUCGGGGGGAUCCCCGUCUUCUUCCUGGAGGUGGCCCUUGGGCAGUUUAUGAAGCAAGGUGGGAUCUCUGCCUGGAACAUCGCCCCACUCUUCAAAGGCCUGGGCCUGGCCUCUAUGGUCAUUGUCUUCUUCUGCAACUCUUACUACAUCAUGAUCCUCGUCUGGGGCCUUUUCUACCUGGUGCACUCGCUGACGGAAACCCUGCCCUGGGCCACCUGCGGCCACUCCUGGAACACCCCCCAGUGCACGGAGCUCUUUGGCCUGGGUGGCUGCGACAAUAACAGCACCGCCACCAACAGCAGCACUGCCAGAAACUGCAGCAACCUGGCUGACCAGCGUUCGCCCAUCAUAGAGUUCUGGGAGAACAAGGUGCUGCGGAUUUCGGGGGAUCUGGGUGAACCGGGAGAGCUCAGCUGGCAGCUGAUCCUCUGCCUGCUCACGACUUGGGUCAUUGUCUAUUUCUGCAUCUGGAAGGGGGUCAAGUCAACUGGGAAGGUGGUCUAUUUCACUGCACUCUUCCCCUACGUGGUUCUCAUCUUGCUGCUCUUGCAUGGCGUGACGUUGCCCGGUGCGCUUGACGGCAUCAUCUACUACCUGAAACCGGACUGGACCAAGCUUGCUGUCGCUCAGGUAUGGAUUGAUGCUGGUACCCAGAUCUUCUUCUCAUAUGCUAUCGGGCUGGGAGCCCUGACCGCACUUGGCAGCUACAACCGCUUCCACAACAACUGCUACAGGGACGCCUACGUCUUGGCCGUGAUCAACAGCUCAACCAGCUUCUUUGCUGGCUUUGUGGUGUUUUCCGUCCUGGGCUUCAUGGCAUCGGAGCAGGGCGUGGACAUCUCCCAGGUGGCAGAGUCAGGUCCAGGCCUGGCCUUCAUUGCCUACCCCAAAGCUGUGACGCUCAUGCCACUCUCCCCUCUCUGGGCAACACUUUUUUUCUUCAUGCUUCUGGUCCUGGGGCUGGACAGCCAGUUUGUGGGAGUGGAGGGUUUCAUCACUGGCAUCCUAGACCUGUUUCCGCAGCCAGCAGCAGGCUCGCCACGCAGAGAGAUUACCGCUGCGAUUUGCUGCCUUGUCUGCUGUAUCAUUGACCUCUCCAUGGUGACUCAGGGCGGCAUGUACGUCUUUCAGCUGUUUGACAAUUAUUCGGCCAGCGGGAUCACCCUUCUGUGGCAGGCCUUCUGGGAGUGUGUGGUGAUUGCCUGGGUCUAUGGAGCUGACCGCUUCAUGGACGACGUUGCCCGUAUGAUUGGCUACCGACCGCUGCCCUAUAUGAAGUGGUGCUGGUCUCUCAUCACCCCAGUGGUGUGUGUGGGCAUCUUCCUGUUCCAUGUGGUGAACUACCAACCACUGACUUACAACAAGACCUACAUCUACCCAUGGUGGGGUGAGGCUAUUGGCUGGGCUCUGGCCCUUUCCUCCAUGCUCUGCAUCCCCUGCACAGUCGCUUACAAGCUUCUGCGAAGCAAGGGCUCCUUCCAACAGCGCUGGCAAUUGCUGACCACCCCCGUCUGGGGCCACCACCACCUGGAAUACAUGACACCCGAAGCGGAGACAAAACUGCUGCCACCGCCAGACAGUCUCACUGCAGCCCCCCUGGAGAAGGCCACGCUUUUUGAGACUGUGAUUUGAUUUUCUUGUACCCUCUUCCUCUAGCAAUAACACCGGGCACCAAGGUCAGCUGUUUGUGGGUAGCGGGGAAGGUUGGCAGUAUUGGAGACUCAGCCCUUCGCAUAGUCAGGAGGCUCCCAGUGCGAGAAGUCAAUAAAGACCCCUGGUGGCUGGUGGCAGUGGCUGCCGCAAGCUUUUCUCCGCUUUGUCGGUGGCCUCACUUGCCACCUUCCACCAGGGCCCUAGACGUGACUCUGCUGCAGUGGGGCUUGGGGGCGGGGGCUAAUCCUGGCUCCCAUGUGUGGUGGCCGACCGCAGAUCUGUGAAGUCAAUGAAUGCCACAGGUCUUUGGGAUGGGGCAUUGCAUUCUAGGUCAAAUGGCAUGCGGCCACUCCAGAUGGGAGCUGAGCUUGGCUCUCGUUCAAAAGCACUCCUAUCCCCCACCCCCUUAAAAUGCAUCGGGGGGGCCAUUGGGACAAGCGGUGCAUGGCGGUGUGGCUGGGCUGGUGUGGGUCCUUCAGCCAAUGCCUGACUCGGCCAACUGCUGGCACCGUACCUGCCUGCUUGCAAUUUGGCUGUGUACUUAGGCAGCCAUCUUCAUACCACUAAUGGGAAAGCUGUGAAAUCAGGUUGGCUUGGUCUGACAUCGGUAAGACGGAGGUGCUGCUAGCAGCAGGGGACAAGGGCUCCAUGCACACACAUACCCAUCCCAGCACAUGCAGACUUCCACAUUUCCUCCACAUGGCGCAAAGGCUAACCUCCUUUCCUCCAAGAUCACCUCGUCCAAUAGUUUCAGUAUUAGCAUUCAAACCUCAGGCAAGGAGGGCAUUCACUUCCUCGUACCAGAUAGGCUGGGCUGCCCCAUUCCCAACCAUCAGAGCAACUGGGAACGGCUCCAUCCCAGCUUUCAUUACUAUCCCCAGUACAGUGACCCAGUACAGCUCCACUAGGUCUCUUCCCCCAAACCCACCCAGCACUGCUGGACUCUAAACCUUCUGUGGGGUGCUUUUAAUCCUUGGGGGCAAGUGCUGUUUGCCCACUCUUUCCACCCAUCAUAUAUCCCAAUCCUCCGCCUGAUCUUACCUGGUUAAGGUAUACUAAUGGCAUCCUGUCUCUCAGGUUCUAAUCCUUCCCCGACUCUGCAAGAGAAAGCAGAAAAAGACCGUCACAUUUCCAGUACUCUGUGUGGCCUAUUCUCUUUUGUACCUUAUUCCCCAAUCCACCUGCCACAAAUCAUGUCCCUUCCCACAAUUUCGGUUGCACUUAUGUGAUCUUGACCAUGUAGCAGUUGCCUUUUAAUAUCCCGGGUAGCAUUUCUUGCCCAUGCCAUUAUAAAUGUACCUUAUACACUCUGCUGCCUUUCCCACACAUUACUCUGUGGGGGAAAGAUGUCUGCCAUCAAUUUUUUGGCUCUUACCAGUGGCUUUUUGGUAGGCUGUGACUGAGGCCACUCCAGCUGGAAUUGGAGGACAGAACUCCAGAAACUUUCUCUCACUGGAGAGGGAAAAGGAACCUCCCCAAAUUAAUAGGAGAGAGGGGAACGGGAGUGCCAGGGAAAUGGAGUGUGUGGGUGUUGUCUUGAACAAGCAGAUCACCAGCUGUCCUGCUCCCUCUUCACAAACAAACAUGGAGAAAACUCUUAGGGAACAGCACAUCACUCACACAGAGAGAGACAUACACACCUUAAUAGAGUUGGCAGCUUUAUUUCUGUAGCUUUAACAUCUGCCUGACAACCAUAAAUUCAAAAAAUGCAGCCUGGAGGUGUCACAAUGGAAACCACCACGAUGAUAAAUUCUAGAGGGGUGCUAGUCUGUUGCAGGGGGAAAAACCACAAGACAAAAACCAGCAAAGAGUCUGGUGGCACCUCAAAGUCCAGCACAUUUAUCGAGGCCAUGAAAAAGCUCAUAAUCAAAAUACUGUAGAUUUGUUUUGUCUUAAAGCUAUCACGACUUUUAGGCCGCUUCCACAUGACCCGGGCAUUCACCUUGAUUUGUUUGCAGGGAGCUAAGAGCAAGUGUUAUCCCUCCACAUUUUCUAUUGCAUUUCCCCCGUCACUUUCCUUACUGCAAAAAGUCCGGUGUCUUGGAGAAGUGUGCAAGACCUCCCAAUCAAACGUAACCGCACAACAUGCAUUUGGCGGUAUGUGAUUGAAUCCCUCCUGAAAACAGAGGCAGUCUGGAAGCGUCCAUAGUUGUUCAUGAUGAGAAAGGCUACACCGGCUGAAUUUAUCCCUGCCAUACAGCUGCUGCAGCAAUCCUGCUGCUGCUUCUUGCCCAGGUGUGCUCAGCCCCUUCUCCACCCCACUCCACCUCCACAUUGUAGCGCCCAGCCAUGCUGCUGCCCCUCCCCAUUGUAUGUAUUUGUAAUAUACGAGUGUUUGUGCCAAAUUGGGCUGAGCCCAUUCUCCUCUGCACACCAGGCUGUAAUCACUACCACCACCCCCAUUGCUAUCCUAAUUCUCAGCUCCCUGUUUUUUUGGUUUGGUUUUCCCCCUCUCUCUCGUUUUCGCAGUCACCUACCCAAUUGCGGUACAGAUCCAACCUCUGACAAUAAAUAUGGGAGAGAUUC